UUGAGUGGCCUUUGGGACCCCAGGCAGGGAGGGUGUGGAAGUUCGAAUCCAGAGGGGCCAAACGUUUAGUAGCCAACAUGAGUGACAGCCUAUUUGUCAGUUUGGACAGACUUUUGCUAGAAUUUGUUUUCCAGUAUGAGCAAGAUAUAAGGACUAAAGAAGAUAUUAUUCAAAGAAUUAAUAAAUGCUUUGAAGAUAUUAAAGAAACUAAAGUAACUGUUUGUAAGAUACGUGAAACUAUAAAGACAACAGAUGAGGAUAUUGGUCAUUACUAUAAACAUAGUGAGGAGAUCAAAGACAGCUGUAGUAACUGGAAGCCAACAUGUGAUGUUUUUCAUAAGCAUGAAGAUUAUAUGCAGGACCAAUUUACUGUUUAUCAAGAAACUAUUGAAAAAGACAAAAAAAUGUAUCAUGGUUAUAUAUGUCAGUAUAAAGAUGUUUUGAAGCAAUACCAACUAAAAUACUCAGAAACACCCUUUUCACGUGAAUAUUAUGAGAAGAAAAGAGAACACGAAGAAAUUCAAAACAGAGUGUUGGCAUGUACUGAGCAACUAAAAAUGGAUGAAACUAUUUUUAUGAAAUUUCUAGUGCCUGCUCCCUUUCCAUCACUUACUGAAUGGACAUUACACAUGGUUAAUCUGAGACGUAAAACACAAGAUAUUCUUAAACAUGCUAGCAAUUUUACCAGAAGUUCAUCUGAAUUGAAGAAAGAAGUAGAUGAAAAGGAAAUAGAAAUUAAUUAUUUAAACCAGCAGAUUGCAAGACUUUAUGAAACUAAGAAUCUUUCAGAAACUCUGGAAGAAAAGAGCAAAAAUACAGAAAAGAGAAAAGAAUUGAAAGAAAGAAUUUUUGAUAAAGAUGAACAUGUACUUGUAUUGAAUAAAGCCCCUCAAAGCAGUCAAUUAUUUCUUCCUUAUGAAUCUCAGAAAUUAGUAAGACCAAUAAAGAUGCAUUCUUCAGAACCAAGAGUUACAGAUAAAAAAGAAGAAAGUUCUGUGAAGCAGUCAAAGCUUGAUUUUAUUGACUUCAGACAAAAAGAAAAUGACACACAGGUAUUUAAUGACUCUGCUGUGAAUAAGCAGUCAAAAUGUUCACAAGUUACGGCUAUAAAAAGUUCACAAAAUUUUAUGCAAUUCAGAUUGUUAACCCCACAGAAACAAUCAAAUUGCAAUCAGUGGCUUGAAAAAGGAGAUACAGAUGCUGAGUAUGGAGAUAAAGGGACAGUAAGACAAUUACGAGAACCAAAACGUAUUUCGCAAGCUAUAUAUACAGAACAUUUUGGGAAGCCAAUAGAAAAUAAUAGUGAUGAAAUAGAAGAAAAGGCUGAGAAUCUUUCAUCAACUCCUGAAAGUCCUUUAUUUUUAAGAACUCCUGAAGCUGUGAAAACACCUGAGUCUUUGGCGAAAUUACAAUUCCUCAAAACCCCCUUGUGUGAAAUUAACAGAAAUAGAAAUGCAGCACCUGAAGUUCAAAAACUAAAGGAAUCUCCUGGAUUUUCUUUUCUUAUGAGUUAUACUUCUAGAUCACCAGGAUUGAAUUUAUUUGAUUCUUCUUUAUUUGAUGCAGAAAACUCAUCAGAUCAGUUUCAUGAAAAUUAUUCUUCAGAAAAUGUAAAUCCUCUGUCAUCACAACAAGAAAUUGGAAACUUAUUUGAGAAACCAGGAGAAGAUACAUUUACAUUUUCUUUUCCAUCAGUCACUUCAACUCAUACAUUUGGAGCUGGAAAAGAUGAUUUUAGUUUUCCGUUUUCAUUUGAACAGGAUGAAAAUUCAGCACCUUCUUCUUCUUUAAAAGAUUUUCCAUCUUCCUCACAAAAUACAACCCAGUUUACUUUUUUUUGAACUAGUUAUUAAUUUCUUGAAUUAUUUUACAACUCUGUAAUGUUUGAGGGCAUACAUUUCCAUUCUUACUUUAAACAUGAAGACUGUCUACUUUUUUGUUGAUUAAAGCAAUAAUGGGUUACCAUAGUUACAUUAUUUGAUUAUGUUUACUGAAAUAUUGAAUAUUUUGUUUUUAUUUGUGGCAUUAGCUAAUCCUUAUUUACUUUGGUUUUGAUUUUGCAAGCCAUGUUCAGGUAAAACUAUUAUUAAUCUUAAUAGAAUUUGAUGCUUUUUUCAUAAAUCUUCACUUUAAAUAGUAAGUUUCAUUCUGGUAGCAUUGUAGGUGCUUUGAUAAGAAUAAGAACUCUGCCAGGCCAUCAGAAGACUUUUUAGUAGUACCUGUGCAGAAUUAGUGUUGAGAUAUACUUUAGCUACUAAAAAAUUCUUUUAAAAUUACUGGGUUUCAUUUAUGCUUCACUGCUGCAGUACUCUAAUAAUUUCAAAGAAUUUAUGUCAUUAAUAGUGAAGAAAGUCUGUGUUAUUUUCUUCUAAUACAACAAGUGGUAAAAUUCUAAUUUCAUCAGUUAUGCUAAUGUCUUUAAUGGAAAAUUAAGUGUGAAAGGCUAGAGUAAUUUUUAAAAAUUGGAUUGUUGUAUCAGUGGUGAUCCUGUUAAUGUAUUUUUUUUGCUUAAACCUUUUUUGAAGAACAUUUAAAAUACUUUCUGUCUUCAAU